AUGUCAUCUAAGCCAACUGAGGUCGAGGCCGUUGACGAAAUCUUUAUCCAAGAAGUCAUAGAUGGUUCCGAUUGGGUUCUCUGCGCGAUGUUGACUCAACUGUUGAUGUUAGUGGGGCAACAAUUGCGAAGAGGUGGUAAAGCCGCAUCUAAAGGAUUGACCCCGGAGCAACAGACCCAGCUGAAGCAAAUAACUUUGAAGAAGUUCAAAAAACCUGUAUCAGCUGAGCAACAAGAGCCUCUGUCCCAUGCUGACGUCCUUGAGGCAUUACACAAUGUAAAGGCUUUCUUGAUGGGGCAGGAGGAGGAAGGCGAGGACGAGGAUAUGACGAUGUAA